CGGAGAUCUAAAGAAAGGCAAAAAUAUAGUUCCUGACCUGCAGGACCUCAUGUUCUAAUGCUUACAAAGGACAUCUAAGGUCAAACUGCCAAGCAAGACAUGCAGCAUUCCCAGAAAUGUCUAUCAAAUAUCAGAGGCCAGGGAUGCGAAACCAUUCAGGGAUAACCUUCAUCCUGCGGGGACUGACAGAUGAUCCACAAGUGCAGGUCUAUCAAAUAUCAGAAGCCAGGGAUGCGAAACCAUUCAGGGAUAACCUUCAUCCUGCGGGGACUGACAGAUGAUCCACAAGUGCAGGUUGUGAUUUUUAUCUUUCUGUUUCUUACCUAUAUGUUGAGUGUUACUGGGAACCUGACUAUUAUCACCCUCACCUUGGUGGAUCCCCACCUGAAAACCCCCAUGUAUUUUUUCCUUCAAAAUUUUUCCUUUGUAGAAGUUUCAUUCACAAGUGCCUGUAUUCCCAGAUACCUAUACAGCUUGUUGACUGGGGACAAUACUGUGACCUACAAUGCAUGUGCCGCUCAAAUAUUUUUUGGCACAUUCUUUGUGGCAACAGAACUUUUCCUUUUGUCCUCCAUGUCUUAUGAUCGCUAUGUGGCCAUCUGCAAACCCCUGCAUUACACAACCAUCAUGAGCAAUAAAGUCUGUAACCAGCUCAUUCUGAGUUCUUGGCUGUCUGCACUGAUGCUCAUCCUCCCACCACUUAGCAUGGGUCUCCAGCUUGAAUUCUGUAGUUCCAAUGUCAUUGACCAUUUUGUCUGUGAUUCAUACCCUGUUCUGAACAUCUCUUGCUCUGAUACAACUUUCCUCAAAAAGAUAAUCCUGAUUUUUGCUGGGCUAUUGCUCAUCAUCACAUUAAUCUUAGUGGUUAUAUCUUAUGCCUACAUUGUGAGGACUAUUAUGAGAUUCCCCUCUGCCCAGCAAAGGAAAAAGGCUUUCUCCACUUGUUCUUCUCACAUGAUUGUGGUCUCCAUGACUUAUGGCACUUGUAUCUUCAUCUACAUCAAGCCACCUGGAAAGGAAGAGCUGGCAUUAGACAAGGUGUUGUCAGUGCUUGUGACUUCAGUGGCCCCUGUGAUGAAUCCCUUUAUUUACACCCUGAGGAACAAGCAGGUCAUCCAAGCCUUUAAGGACUUUGUCAAAAGGAUCCCAUUUGUCAGAAAGGUGUAA